AUGUCUAACUCUCGAAACCCUCCCCUUCUCCUCAACGACUCAAACUACUCAACCUGGUCGUUUCUCAUGGUAGCAAAGUUAAGCAAAAUCGACGCCCUCGAUGUCGUUCUGGGAACCAUCAAGAAACCAAAGUUGGAAGACCCCGAAAAACCAACGAAAGAGGCCUUGGCGUAUGAGGAGAUAAAUCGAAUUGCCUACAUUGAAAUCAUUGAGCAUCUGGACAAUAAUCACCUGGCUUACAUUUCUCAGAUUCUCGUCGACGAAACCUCAUUCUGCGGCUUCUCGGUCUGGCAGAUAUUGAAGAAAAAGUAUGCCGGUGACGAUUAUGUUGCAAAGGACUUGGCGCUCGAGAAGUUUCUCGAUCUUGACUACCAUGGAUCGAUCACCGACUUCAUCUUCGAAGUUCGUGCAGCCAAUCAAAAACUCAUCUCCUCCAAGAUCGGUCUCGAUGAUCAAGUCAAGAAUGCGAUCAUUCUCCGAAAGCUCCCAUCGGAUUUUCAAUCACUCAGGACUGUCCUCAGCAUUGGCUGCUCAAGCGAUACCGUCACCAUGAUGCUGAAUCGACUCGAACGACACGCGGCUCAAAAUCACCUCGACCGAUCAUCCUCGAUGCCAUCUCAACAGGCGCUUCUCACCACCGACGACAAGUUCUACAUGUGUCCCCAUUGUAAGAAGGGUUUCACCAUCUGCUCCCAUUGCGACAAAGCCGGACAUCGCGAAGCGAUCUGCUUUGAAAAGCACCCCGAUCAGCGCCCGUCAAAAACAUCGAACCCCUCGGCACCAUCUAAAUCCAAACCAGUUGCUCAAGCCCACCUAGCAAUCUCCUCUCCGACGUCACACGCGGUACAUGGAUUCACUGCUGAACAAAUCGAAUCCGAGCGAAACUUCCAGGCAAUGCUGGCGAACCCAGAAUUCAAGAAGCUAAACAUUAACGCAGAAUAUCGAUUGUAA